UGAAAUAAAAAUCUUAAAGUCGCAAACCCAUAUGUAUGAAGGGCGCCAUAUUGAAAUUAUGGUAAUUUCCUGUGACGUCGCAUAGUCAAUUCCUCAAGGGAAACCCAUGUGCUGACCUCUGCGAAGUUUGACAUGUAGUUCAUUUUAAUCCUUUUUUAUCGUCUUUUGGUUUGAAAUGCCUAACUGUUGUGUACCUGGGUGCACAAACUAUUCAUCUAAGACCACAGAUAUUAGCUAUCACAAAAUCCCAACGGAUCCAACUCUAAAGAAAGCAUGGAUCGCUCGAAUUAGAAGAGACAACUUACCGCCAGCAAAGUAUUGUUAUGUAUGUAGCGUUCAUUUUGAGCCGGAGUGUUUUGAAGUUAAUUUCAUGGAACAGUUGCUUGGACAAAAGAGCAAAAGAAAGUUAAAGGCUGGUUCAAUACCUAGUAUAUUUGACUUUUCGCCAUCUUCAGCUCCGGGAAAAAGGCCGGGAAGAUCUUCGUCUGAGAACCGCGUGAAGAGGAAACGUAACACAGAGACUUUAACUAAUCUGUUAACUUCAAGUACCAUGAACACUUGUGAUUCUUUGGAGGACGAUACCCCAUCAACAGCGCCCGUAGUGGUGGACGAACCGGUAAAAGUUGACAUAGGAACACAAUGUAAUUUGUCCGAGAUUAGCUUUGCUAAAACUAACACUGUAUCAACUCAAACAGACCCUCAAUUUCAAGUUAAUACAGGAUUGUCAAACCCCAAUGAUUCCAACUCUCUAUUUGAUCAUACUUAUUACCACUCAAUCACAAGUGUGUCGCCACAAAAAUCUGAGAUAAGCAUAUCACCACAAAAAUCUAUUAGAAGUGUUAGCUCCACUGCUUCAGGUCCAUUGUUUACCAGUGACGGACUUGAUGAAAGUGAUGAUGAUGAUGAUGAUUACAAUUUGAGUUCAUCCGAGGAAAAUGAAAGUUGCAUUGAUUCUGACUCUGAUCAAGAAGCUCUAAAUUAUGGAAAAUUUGUGUCUGAAGCAAAGUGCUUGGUUUUUGAAAGCUGCCUUAAAAAACUGUUUACAUUCUGCAGUAGCUGCGGCGCCAUUGUAACUGACACGAAGAUCACAUAUACUGGAUGUCUACUAAGGCCCAAGUCGCAUUACACCCCAAAAAUUGGAAUUCAACUGGAAAAUUAUUCAACAACAGCAAAUCUUUGCAUUUUUUUUCCUCUACGAGGCAUGGCUUGCCGAUUAUGCGCUAGUAUUAAAUGCAGUGAUUCUUCGAAGAGCAAGACGUCGUCGUCGAAGAAUGAGAACAGCACCUUAUGCUUGGCGAAUAAAUAG